AUGAAGCGGAGCCGGCGGAAUGCGUUUGCUCUUGGCAAAAAGGAAGACGGAAGUCCCGACCCAACGGCGCAAUCGGCAGUUGAAGAAGUUUUUGGAGUGGUUCCUUCGGAUGAUUCGGUGGUGUUAGAUAAUAUGGAGAGUGGAUCAGAAAGAUCUUUGGCUCAUUUGACAAAUGAACAGAUUACAGGUAACAUCAAAUGCUUAGAAGCUAAGCGAUCUUAUGGAAGAGUCCUUAAUAAUGGCAGUUGCAAAAAUAUUAGCGCGCGCAGGUUGACCAUAUGUGAAAAUGAAUGAAUGAAUGAACGAAUGAAUAAAUGAACAAAUGAACAAAUGAACAAAUGAACAAAUGAACGAGUGAACGAGUGAACCAAUGAACGAACAAUGAACGAAUGAAGGAACAAACGGACGGACGGACGGACAGACGGACGGACGAAGGAAAGAAUGAAGCGUCACGCAGCUUUGGAAUCCCUUUAAGCUUUCCGAUGGCCAAUACACUGAGUAUUGAGGCUUCUUUACGCAAUUGCAUAAAUUGCGUUCACUGCGACGAUCAUUUCUUCAUUUUCAUCUUCAUUUUCACACUGAGUAUUGUUAUCAGCUCCGAUCAAUAGAUGAAACCAGACUGUACACUUAUGUAUACGAACAAGCAAUACAUGCACUAUUCUGGCAUAAAAUACUGCCUUGUAUUUCAUUACUUUCCAGCAUUUAGGGAGGUGUUCGACCUUUUCGACAGCAAUGGCGGAGGAACGAUCGACGCAGAAGAAUUGGACUUGGCUCUGAAAUCUGUUGACAUUCAGCUGUCACCAGAUGAUUUAGCAGAAGUGUUGGUGACAAUGGAUAAGGACGGUAAGGAACUUUGGUAAUGAUGAUGAUGAUGAUGAUGAUGUUGUUGAUGAUGAUGGUAUUGGCGGUGGUGAUGAUGAUGAUGAUGAUGAUGAUGAUGAUGAUGAUGAUAAGGAGGUACUAUGGAAGUGUUCAAAACCUGAAUAAGACGCUUUUGAUAGCAUUAAGGCUGCUAUCUGUUUAGAUUUUAUUUUACGUCACUAUGACGUCAAAAACCUGGUUGGGGGGGGCUGUAUAACCUGAUCUUCAUUUUAAGGUGGCUCCGUAAUUAAUACAAGAGCAUUUAGCUGUGACAAAUUUUCCGUCAUAACUUUUUGGUUUUUAACGCGAUGGCUGCGAAACUUUGCAAAGAACAACAGAUAUCAUUCGGCAAUAAUACGAAAUAUUCCGAUUUCAUUGAUGGUAAAUAUUUCUUGAGAAAUUAGCGCUUAAAAGGACCCUACUGUUCAAAGAAAAUCGCGUCUAGUAAAAAAUUUUGCUGAUAUUUUUUACUGAAAUUUCUGGUAUCGGCUUUAAUUGAUAUAAUAAAUAUGCCCGAGGAAUUUCAGAAAAAUCGUUGGAGCAGAAGUCCGUAACUAAAAGUCGCUCAAAAUUCAGCUGUGAAAUUGUUUUGGAAUUUCAAAAAUAAAUUACCAUCAGGAAGAAGGAGCCAUCAGUUUGAAUUUUCGGGACAAGUUAAUUCAACGUUUGCUAAUUCUUAAAACGAAAGCCAAUUGCCUAUCGUGCUAUUCUUUAAAAGGUACUUUUUAGUUUUAGAAGCACUAUAAAUUGCUCCAAACCUUGCUCUGAAGUAGAAUGACUUGUUCUUCGACAUUUUUAAAAUAUCCCUUGGCAGUUUUGGCUCAAACUCCUGCUGCAUACAUUUUGAUGUAUUGCAAUACAUUUUCAACGACUUUUACUGCUGUUCGUUGCUUCCAACUCAGGAAAAAAGUAUUGAGAUUGGACGCUUCCUCGUAUCAGAGCUCAGACAGAACUGUCCAGCACCUUUGUUUAUGACUACAAAAUGAGCACGGGCGGCGGUUCUGCGAGGAAUUCGCACCUCACCCAGGGGGGACGAACGACCACGAUGACCAUGCCUGUGAACCGAAUAACAUCGCAGUGCAAAAUAAAAUUAUCGCAAAAAUACUGCCUGUGCUUAAAUUUACAACUCUGAAAUUUUUGUCACUCCUUCCUUCAAUGAAUGGGUAUUUUUUUCUUGAUUAUUAGGUUUUGCUCUACAAUACAUGUUUAUACAGAUCGGUUCACAGACAUGGGCAUCAUUGUCAUUCGUCUCCCCUGGCUGAGGUGCGAAUUCCUCGCAGAACCGCCGCCCGUGCUCAUUUUGUAGUCAUAAACAAAGGUGCUGGACAGUUCUGUCUGAGCUCUGAUACGAGGAAGCGUCCAAUCUCAAUACUUUUUUCCUGAGUUGGAAGCAACGAACAGCAGUAAAAGUCGUUGAAAAUGUAUUGCAAUACAUCAAAAUGUAUGCAGCAGGAGUUUGAGCCAAAACUGCCAAGGGAUAUUUUAAAAAUGUCGAAGAACAAGUCAUUCUACUUCAGAGCAAGGUUUGGAGCAAUUUAUAGUGCUUCUAAAACUAAAAAGUACCUUUUAAAGAAUAGCACGAUAGGCAAUUGGCUUUCGUUUUAAGAAUUAGCAAACGUUGAAUUAACUUGUCCCGAAAAUUCAAACUGAUGGCUCCUUCUUCCUGAUGGUAAUUUAUUUUUGAAAUUCCAAAACAAUUUCACAGCUGAAUUUUGAGCGACUUUUAGUUACGGACUUCUGCUCCAACGAUUUUUCUGAAAUUCCUCGGGCAUAUUUAUUAUAUCAAUUAAAGCCGAUACCAGAAAUUUCAGUAAAAAAUAUCAGCAAAAUUUUUUACUAGACGCGAUUUUCUUUGAACAGUAGGGUCCUUUUAAGCGCUAAUUUCUCAAGAAAUAUUUACCAUCAAUGAAAUCGGAAUAUUUCGUAUUAUUGCCGAAUGAUGUCUGUUAUUCUUUGCAAAGUUUCGCAGCCAUCGCGUUAAAAACCAAAAAGUUAUGACGGAAAAUUUGUCACAGCUAAAUGCUCUUGUAUUAAUUACGGAGCCACCUUAAAAGUCCUAAAUAAAAGCAGAGCGUUCAUUUUACGGAUAAAAUCAAACUAAUUGUUUAAGAUCGAACAAGAGGUCAAACUUAAUUGAACCAGUUUCGCCGGACCUUGGGGAUUUUGUUAGAAGUCAUCAGAAAAAGAUAUCCUAACUACAUUCGAUUCCCCUUAUUAAUUUAUAAUCGUUAACUUUCACGGUGUGCGUACUUUAGUUAACUUUACUCUACUUACUGUUUACAGGAAAUGGUGAAAUUGACUUUCAGGAGUUUCUCAACUUGAUGACCAACACUGAACGCUUUUUAGAAGGAUUUGGUGAGCCUAUCAAAAGUAGUCGUAUUUUUCCUGAAAGUAUUUAUUCGUUGGACAUUUGGCUCUAAUUGAAACAACUGGUAAAACGAAUUUCCUUUUCUCCAAAAUAUACUUACAGAACCAUCUUGUACUGCAGUACAAUUAAAACCACAGAUAAGUACAUAGUACUUAGUAAAUUUGUUUUAAUUAGCCACACCUCAGGAUUGACAACACAGACUAUAAGGUAUGAUAACCUUCUAACCACCUCUGAUGUAGGAAAGCACGGCUUACUAGCUUUCAUUUGAUAGUAACACUUUAGGAUUGUACCGAGAAUUAGAACCGCGUCUUUUACAGCAUAACGAACAGUACCACAGGAAAGAAAGAAGCUUUCAUAAUAUUCAGAGGAUAUCAACCACACUUGAGAAUCAUAAGUUGGAAACACGCCUUGUGCAGAAUGAAAGAAAGUACCACAGGAAAACCUGAAAACUAGGCAAUUCUAAUUUUUUUUAGUAAUACUUUUAUUGAUUUCAACAAAGAACGUUAAUAUUCAGAGGAAAACAACACUUAUUACGCAUUCUGAUCAACGUUUUAUUGCUUUCAAUCUUUCUGAAUGGCAGCCACGGGACAGGAAAAGAGAAAACGUGAAAAUCUGCUGUUUGAUGCGCUGACACAGUUCAUGAAGAGAUCUGCUCUUCAUUCCAUUAAUGAGAUAGUAGGGUAAGCAUAUGGGCUAUGGGGGGUGCACCAUUUGCAACGAGGGGUCUCCUCUGCUUGGUGGAGAAACUAGGGAGCUUACGUGAGUGAAUUUGCGCUGCCUCAAACUUAAUCGCGCUUAUUCCAUCUCGUUUAAUUCGUCAAAUGUCGGCAAACUUUUUUUGAAGUUGAAUUCUAAAGGACUCAGUGCAUCAAAGUUCAGGAAAAGAAAAAGGAAGUAGUUGUCUUUUGUUCCCGUCCUCGACAAAACGUGAAAUUAGGCAGUUUCACGUUGUAGUUGUGCAACGACGGCAGAGAAAUGUACAAAAGAGUGUGAUGCACGUGCAAAGCUGUUGUUGUGCUGGUCUAAACCCAUUGCUUUUUUGCCGUUCUCGUUGCCGUCGCCGUCGUCGUUGCGUAUUCCUUGCUACAGCUGUAGGACGCAGUUAAUUCAGGUGUUUGAUUUACCCCCCUGCCAUUGGUUAGGCUCGGUUUUAGAUCUCCCCGCGCCAACGCUGGCAGAUCUCAUUAAUCUCCCUAAUCUCCCAAUAAGUCUCCGUAUGCUGGGCCACUGCACGUUGUUUUCGGUAAGGUGCAUGAUAAACACUCACAUGCAUCCAUAUUAAUAACCUCUAUUUCCUCUCAGUUUUUAUCACACAAAGUACAAGCGCAUCCAGGCGCCUCAUGUGGUUGGGCACUACGCAGCAGGGGCUCGCCUCAUAGGCCUGACAGAGAACCAGCUAAGAAAGCACAUGGAGAGCCUGAAGGCCAGGCACGCAGCUGAUGACAAUAAGUCCCCGUAUGCUGAGCCACUGCGCAUUGUUUUUGGCAAGGUGCGUCUGUUGUGCCCAUGGAAAACUCGAUUUGCAGUGAUAAUUAAUACCCUGGGGAUUAUGCAAAAAAUGAACAUACAAUAAGUUACAUGUAUUUCACCCCAUCACUUUAAAUAGGCUCUUUGCACGACUUGAUCACGUGAUCAACUUUUGGUAGACACGAAAACAGUUCACUUUUGAAAAAUUUGUUAGCACAAGCUGAAAGAGCAUAUUAAAAAUAAGUAACCUGAGAAUUUUCAGCCGUAUAUCUCAAAAGUAGCGAUUGCAACGGCCGCCGAAAGUUAGAGGCAUUUGUAUGAGAAAAACAACUUUUGCCAUCUAGUCACAUUUUUAUGGUUUUCCAUACCAAUCCAUGCACGCGUGACUGGUUUUUCAAAAGCGAACUGUUUUCGUGUUUACCGAAAGCUUAUCACGUGAUCAAGUCAUGCAAAGAGCCUAUAGAGUACCGAAGUGAUGACGCCAUGAAAAUGAUAUUUGUGAAAUUAUGGGAUUUGUUAAGAUAUUCUGAAAGAACAACGUCGAAGACGCCUACUCGCCAAAAAUUAGCAAUUCGGGGAAUUUGUCUCUGAGACAUUAGCCCAGUUAUGCUGUGACGAUUCCAUACAAAUCCUUCUAAAUUUGGCUCGGUUCAUAAGAUUAGGAACCAGGUAAGAUUUAGAAGGAUUUGUAUGGAGUCAUCGGAGCAUAACUGGGCUAAUAUCUCAGAGACAAUUAGCCCCAAACUGCUAAUUUUUGGCGAGUAGUCGUCUUGGACGUUGUUCUUUCAAAUCCCAUAAUUUCACAAAUUUUCAUUUUCUAUGACGUCACACUUCGGCACUCUUUUGAGGCUGCAAAAGCGAAGUAACCGGCGUUUUGCGACCCACCCUCUCAAAUUCCCACCCAGCAAGUAAAUUGGGGUUGAUCCCGUCCCUCUUUACUGUUUUGGUCACAAUGUAAUUCACUGUUGUAAAAACAUUUGUCCCAUUAAAGCGAUAUGUGACUGGCAAGUUUUGGCCAAUCACAUUAGAGGUAGACAACCCAAUCAAAACCCAAAGCAAGCGCCAAGAGCGCAAAUAUUGUAAGUGACGUUUCAGAGGGACAACGCAACGAAGAUAGUAGUGUCCAACACAAGACAGAAAAACCCUUUUUGAAUUAAACCCCUUUUCCUUUUCCGAGGUAAAAGUUUCAUGAAUUCUGCAGCGGCAUAUUUAGCCAAGGAGGGCUAAAUAUAAAAUUAAACUUAUGUUACCUUCAUUUUGGAAAAAGUUGUAUGAACGCCUUCUCUCAUCCACUGCCUGUCUCCUCUCCCCUCCCCCCCUCCUCCCUUUCCCCUUUUUGCGCCUUUACACAGGCUAUGAAUAACCCGUUCAGUUAAUUAAAAAUAGAUUAUUUCGAAGUUUGAAUAUUGUGUAUUGUAUCUCUGUACUUUCUUUAGGUAACGAACUAAUAUUGAUUAUAAACUUCGAUUGUAGGUAGUAAGGAAAAAACGCCCGAAAAGCCGGGUUAGACCAGUCGGGCCUGACAACCCGGAAAUGUCUCACACUCGUGGCAAAAUUCGACUAAAUUUUGGGAGAUUGAGUCUGCAGAGAACCUCAUCUAAUCCUGAUCUGAUUAGCAAGACCCCUGCUAUCCAAGACAGGGUAAGUUUGUAAAGGUGCACCUUGGAAUCUCACUUAGAUACAUAUUAAUUCGAAAUAUAGCACUAGAAUUACUUUCACACACUCAAACAUUGGAAACCAGGGAGGUAAACAGGACCACAAGAAAGGACUGCGUUAUUAAUAUUUAUUUUACGUGGUCAUGCAUAAUUAGCGGGGGUCUGGUAACUAAGAACUAAGCUAUCCUUGGUGCUUGCCGAAAGAAUCGCAUUGCCUCUGCCAAUGACAUUGACUAAGUCUUGGUUCAAACCUCGAAUUUCGCUUGUGCCGAAUUUAAUGGUACAGAAAACCUAUUGUUCUCGCUCAUUUGCAUUAGGUUCGGCACAUGUACAUGUGAAAUGAGACGUUUGAACCGUCAGCACCGUCAGCCUCAGGUUUGUUAGUCACGGCAGAUGAUUAUUUCGAGCUACCGACGUAAAAUAAAGACUCUACCUUUACCCUUUUUGGUUCGCAAGCACGUGAUAAGGUGGCCAUGAUGGUAGUAAAAACGAAAAUUUUUUUGAAGAUUUAUCAUGAUAAUAGAGUCUGGUUUCCAGCGGAGAGAAAUGCUUUUGUUCUUGUUCACCUUGAUUAGCCUCCCUGACGUCAAGUACAAACCAGGAAUAUCAUCUUUUUCAGCAUUCCAUCACUCCCGCUGGUCAGUUACUAAUGUCGCGUCAAGACCAAGGAAAGCGAGAAUCCCUAAGACCCCCACUGAAGAAAAACGGAUGGGUGAGCCAGCGGAUUAAGCCAUUUGUAGUGGAACUGCCGAGCGUCGACGUAAAACAAGAAAAGAAACGAAAUAAACCUAAACAGAAUAUAAACCUCACCUUCGAUGAUCUACCAAAAAUACGCGAAAAGGCGAGUAUAAAAAAGCCAGUUACUGUAUAUAUAUGCUAACGUAGUGAGCCGCCUAAAGUUGCUCAGGUGGAGCGCUGGUUGAUUUUGUCCUCAGGCUUCUCUCCUACUCGUCACCUAGGUAGGGGAGAACCCUGGGAACGAGGUUGAGCGAUGAUACGCCAAGCGAGAGGUCGAGUCAAAGAUACCACCCUAUUGAUACCCUCUGUUAGGUAAUCCGUAUCUCGGAAUCCAGGAAAUUUUUGCGUCCCGGAUCCAAAAUUUAGCUCAAGGAAUUCUGAAUCCCGCUAACGAUUAGCAUCCGGAAUCCAAGGUUGUUUACCAUUUACCACAAGUUCCAGGAAAUUUCGGUUGAGAUGUAAAUGGUAAACGUUUUUUUGGUUCGUCCCACUGGAAAAUUCCCGGGACAAACGGAAACUCUGAGAAGGUAGUCCCGUUUUCCCGGUUGGGACGUUCCGAAUGGAAAUUCGUUCACCAUUUACAAGUUUCUUGAGUUUCGUCCUAUAGUUGUUGUAACUAGAAUCCAGUUUAGCGCGGCGCGACAGUCCAGAAAUUUUAGGCAAAUGGUAAACGACACGUAACGUUCUUACGGAACGAAAAGUCCCGACCAAAAUUUCCGGACUUUUUUUAUAAAUGGUAAACAACCCAAGUCUCACUGGCUAGGAAUCCAGAAUCGAAGACUGUCUUGGAUUACCGUUUUUUAAUACAUAGGGUGGAAAAACCUUCCUUUUUAUAGGUUGCCCAGGCAAGAGAAGUUCAUUUUAAACGACUUAGAGAGACUAAAAGUAAAGACAGCGAGGAACAUUGGAAAUCACUGGGUCCAAGCCACAUUGACUCGGACGUGCUUAGAAACUACUUCAGGCUCGCUUUUAAUUCCUAUACACCAUAUGUGACAAUAAAACUGGCCUGA